GAAACCGAAAACAUCUUUGUAGGUCAGGAUGCGGGCUGUCGUUCCUCUCGGAACGUCGCCCGAGGAUACGACGAGCGGGUAGCAAUUUCGACAGCGGGCAUCGCCGUGAUCAAAUUAAACAACAGGAAUCGAUAAUGCGACGGGGAAGAGAAAUAUGUGGUGCGCCGAAGGCCCAGCGCUCGUCGAACGAAGACGAACAUCCCGGUUGUCGCGUCGCCCGCGACGACGGCGGGGCGCUCGCUUCUCGGCGUGCCUCGGCGCGCGCGAUAAUCAAGGGGGCAACGUGCGCCGCGGCGACACGCCGCCAUCGGACGCGGCCAGCGGCGCUGGAGGUGGCCGAUGUACGACGCCAUAGGCAAGCGAGGGAAACCGAGCGCGCCAUGACGGACAACGCCAGCGAGGCGAGGCGAGGCGAGGCGAGAAAGGAACGGGACACAGGGGGCAUUAACGACAAAAAUUUCAGAAAAUUAUCACCGUCGGCGCUGUCAUCAAUAUGGAGGACACCGUGCGACGAUGCCGCCGUGCCGUUGCGCCGCGUGCCACCAGGAACCGAAGGAUCGCCCGGCACGUUCCGGGGCUGUCCGCCUGCUCGAAUAUCGUGGAAACUCACCGAACGUCGCCGUAGAAUACGAUUGUCGACGCUAUUCAGGCCAACGGGUCGAUAUGAAGCCACCAAAUAUACACGUAAACCCACGAUCGUCGCGUGA